CUGAUUUUCUCGCCAUUGACCUCACAAGGUGCAUUUGGUCUUUACUCCACAAAUACGUAGAAAGCGCUUGGAGUGUUUUCUCCUCCCCGAAAGCGACAGCAAGGGAGGUUAUCAUUGCGAAACUCCUAAACGAGUCUUUAGGACCUCUCCGCGGGCAAGCCUACCCCGACUUUCCGGCAAGCCACGUUCGAAAUGGCCUCGCCCGAAGCACUGGGAGGCCUGGUGCCCGACUCGGCCGGGAGGGACCUCACCUUCGCCUCGAACGACCUCUUUGUCAAGAUUCGGACGCAAACGAACAGUGGACUGGACAACCAGAAGCAGGCGGCUCUGAUUCUUGCCGCUGUGGAGGAGACAAUCACGGAGCAAGGAGAACAACUGACGCCGCUUGCGUACUUUGGAGCCCUCAUGACUAUUCUGUCUCAGCAAGCCACUGGCGGAGAAGCUGUACCAGAAGCCCAAGGGUUAGUGGCUGCAGCUACCUACCUGCUGGCCAUCGUUUUCCCUCGAGUUCCUUCCGCCAUUCUGAAGCUUAAGUUUGAAGACAUUGCGAAAACCGUUGGAGUAAUACUUGAAAUGUACCAGGAAGACCAGCCUCUUGUGAGGGCUGUUUUAGCAUGCUUUGAGUUCUUACUUGCUGCUCAGGAUAGUCAGCGCUGGACGAGCGAUGUGAAUUGCCGGAAGUUAAUGCAGGUCCUGUUGAUUAUGUCGGUCGACGGACGGCCCAAAGUAAGGCGUAGGGCGCACGAGGCCAUCAGGAGACUAUUGGCGCACCCUCCGCCGCCCAGCGUUCACCACCCCGCGACGCUGACAAUAAUCGAAUUCGCCGUUCGAGGGCUUGAAGAGUACACACAAUCCGUCGAAGGCACUGGGUCCGCCAACGAUAGGAAGGAGUCUGAACAGAACGUUUUGCACGUUUUGGUGUUCCUCAAGGCCGUAAUCCCCUCUCUAGCGCUGCAGGGUGGACACGGUCGCACCAGUGGAAAGCUUCAUGAGCUGUGCGAGAAGCUGCUGAGACUUCCGGUACGGUCCUCCGGUACGGGCAACACGGUUCUUACUCAAUGGAUCUUCUCCGUUUUGGACGCACUUUUCGGCGCCGACGCAGAUAAAGACGGCAUCUUCCCUGAACUUGACGUGGAGCUAUUGGAUUCUGUCAUCCGCGCGUUGCUGGAGAUCCGGCCAUACCAAAACGAUGCUACCCUCAUCCCGACCUGGCUGGCUUUGAUCGGACGUGGAUUCCGCAAACUAGCGGAACUCGUGAACGACGUAGAGAACACAAAAGCCACCACGUUGUCGUCCGAGGAGUGGCAGUAUGCACUCCAAGACUACCCCGAGCUUCUCGUCGGUACGUUCUCCACACUCUUCGAAAAGGUCCUAGGGCAACAGUCAACAAAGCCCGUUAUCCUCGCGAAGGCCGCGGAUGUGUUCGCGGACAUGUUCAGGAAUUGUAUCACCGACUCGAUGAUUGUGGCACCAGUCGUUCAGGGUGUCAAACCGGUAGCCGAUACGACCGACUCGCAGUUGCUGACCCUCCUGUACGUGGUCAACUCGGGACUCACGGAUAUCCGAUAUCGCGCCGCUUGGGGCGGCAUUCUUCGCCUCGCCGAGGCUCUGUUCGACUCUGUAGGCUCGCGUAAACCUACCGUCAUGAAGACGACCCUUGUCAAUAUCAUCGCUUUCCGUGACGAUCGUGCGUAUGGAGGAAGCUUCCCUUACAAGGAGGAGUUGGAAGUGUCAUUGCACGCGGCUGUUCAGGCUAUCGGCCUCGAGACGUUUGUUGAGUGGAUCCCUCUGAACAUUGAGGUCGAUUCCACAUCCAACGCCACGCGGAGACCAUACCUACUUGCCACCUUCGUGGAGGCCCUCAACCGCCCCUUACCUAAGCGUUCCAACAAGACCCGUUACGGCCCACACUCUCUUCGGUUCCUCGGAACGACGCUCCUACCGCUCGCACAACGAUUGCUGGAGAAGAGUGGUGCGUCAUGGACGGCCAAGCGCGAAGUGGAAGCUAAGCUGUACGAAACGCUUGGGGCUCAGAUCUGGGCUAUGGUUCCGGCUAUCUGCUCAACCGUGCCGUCCGAUGUACACUCGUCAUUUUCGGUUGUGGCGCCGUUCUUCGGAAAGAUUCUGCAGGCGCAACCUACCGAGGCGUAUGCCAACCUGCCGUCUAAUCCCGAUUUCAGGCCCACCGUGUGCGAUGCAAUCGUAUGCCUGAUUGAAGGAUACGAGGAAGUCGUCAGCCUCUCGGCCGACAAUGCUGCUGAACUGAAACUCGCCACCGAUGGCAUCGCGCGAUUGAUGGAGUACGCCAACCGCUUCCUCAGCGUCAUUUGCAACAACUACACGACUGUCAACCCGGAUCUGCUCCAAACUUCGAAAGCGAAAGGUCAACAACUACAAGCCCUACAUGAACGGGAGACGCAGCGCUACGCCCGGACGAUCGGCGCUCUUUUACUGAUUGCGGAAGAGAAGGCGGUCACCAGCUACUUCUUGAACCUUGUCACUACAUUACUGCAGUCGCAGUCUCACCAGGAGCAACAAACAGAGCAGGCAACGAAAGUAUCACCAGCUGUGCAACUAGAGAGGUUGCGCGACUACGCCAUUUUGGACCUGCUCCUUAUCCUGCUACCUUUCCUCCCCGAGGUCAAGAACCGCUCGAAAUCUGGGGAUGCCGCUCUCCCCGCUGAUUCCCCGCUUCUCCUGUUCUACAAGGUCCUGACCGGUCAAUUGCGCGAGUCGGAUCCUACUAUGCAGAAGCGCACGUAUAAGUGCCUCAACCAGGUCGUUCCCAAGCUUCCCCGCGCGUUACUUGGCUUGGAGGAACUGAUCGAACGUGUUCUGGACCCGGAGGUUCUGUCGAAAGCUUCCUCUGGCGCGAAGAAUGCUCGUAUUCAACUCCUUCAAUGGAUCUGCAACGCCAUCCCGCUUACGGAGAAAGCUUUGCUUCUGCAAUUCAUUCCCAUCUCCUUGUCGGAAGUCAUGCUCGCCACAAAGGAAGCUAGCGAGAAGGCACGUAAUGCUGCUUACGAGUGUCUCGUUGCAAUGGGCAACAAGAUGCUUGAAGACGGCGGCGUCGGCGAUCCGACAUCGGAAGGGAGGAUGGACACGGAAGGCGAAGUCGACGAAGACCCAGCGAAGAAGAUCAACCUGUCCGAGUUCUUCACUAUGGUCAUCGCCGGUUUGGCUGGUGAAACCUCGACGAUGCAGAGUGCCUCUAUUGCCGCCUUGUCCCGUCUUGUCUUCGAGUUCGGCCCUCUCAUGGACGAACGUUUCGUCAGGGAGCUCGUGUCUACGAUCAACUUUGUCAUGAACACGACAAAUCGGGAAGUCAUCAAGGCUGCCCUCGGGUUUAUGAAGGUUGUUAUCGUGUGUUUGAGGCAGGAGGUUUUGGAGGACGAGCUGGAGAACAUUGUUGUUGCGAUUUUGACCCACUCCCGGAAUCACAAGUCCCACUUCAAGGCGAAAGUACGACACAUCUUUGAGAGGCUAGUGAGGCGGUUCAGUUACGAGGCCAUCGAAGGAUUUGUACCUGAAGGCGAUAAGAAGCUUCUGGUCAACAUCAAGAAGAGGAGAGAGCGCGAGAAGAAGAAGAAGCGGAUUGCCAAGCAGCUGGAGGCUGGAGAAGAGAAUGACAGCGAUGGGGAGGCCAGCAAGGCCGCGUUGUUGGCUGGCAAGGGUGCAGCUGCAGGCGGAGCCCGCAAGCAAUUCGAAGAUGCGCUCUAUGGUAGUGAGAGUGAGCUCGAAACAGAUGCGGAAGACUCGGACGAUGAUGACGAUGAGAAGUACAUCCCCGAUCGGUUCAAAGACGCCCUGCAAAGGUCAAAAGGGAAGUCUGCUGCGCCGAGCAGCACCAGGAUUCGAGAGGGUGGUGAAGACGAUGUCGCUGAUUUCUUGGACGCUCGUAUUGUCUCGCGCGUGACCAGCGCUCCACGGAAAGGCAAGCGAGCCGGCGCGAACGGUAGCGCACAGUCAGAUUUCCAGAGCAACGAGGACGGGCGCCUGAUGAUCAACGACUCCGACGAUGAAGGCGAAGGCGUGGCCGGUGCUACCGCCGCACUGGACGCAAUGGAAGUGACACAGGACAGGGAGGACCACUACAAGGCCGCGCUCCACUCCGAAGUAGCCUUCACACGGACCGCCGACGGCCGCGUCAAGUUCCUCCGACCCAACGAAUCAGCAAAACGUAAGCGCGGCGACGCUGACCCCGAAGCCGAGGAAAACCGGGGUGCUACCGCAUCCGGUCUCGGAUGGGGACAGGGUAGGAACAAGCGGAAGGAUGUGGGUCUGGAUAAGGGCGAGGUGGAGAAGAUGCUUGGACGGCAGUUCAAGGCGAAGAGGGCCAAGGGAGAUGUCAAGAAGAGUGGCGGCCCCGAUCCGUUCGCGUACAUUCCGUUGACGAGCAAGGUCGUUGGUGGAAAGAAACGCAAAGCCGCCAAAGUCGCCGGUCAGUUCAAAAACAUCAUCAAAGCCACACAAACCGGCGGAUCGGUCAACACCGGAAAAGGAUCAAGCAGUGGGCCGAACUCUUCCGGGGCUGGCGCUUCGGGAAGCGGGGUCAAAAAGGGUAACAAGAAGCACAAGUAGAGGCGGCUUCACAGACCGGAGGGCGUAAUCUUCAGUACUCUGUCAUCCUCAGGUAGUGCGUAGAUUUAUUUAUUCUAUCCAGUCGUUGCUGAACGACACGUUAGGAUACCACUGUACCAUAUUAUUUCACGAUUAUCAUUAUAUGUGCAUCAUCAGAAAUCAGG